AGAGUAAGAAAGAAAAUAGUCAUAAGUUAAUACGACGUCUUAUCUAUCUAUCUAAUUGCAAAGUCACAGAUUAUAUAGUAAAUUAUACAUAGUAAAAUCGUUGACUUUUUGUGAAACAAGCAUUGAAAUAUAUAAUGGGUAACUCGCAAAAUAAAAAUGUUUCAAAACAAAAUAAUAGAACAGAUAUGCUUCCUAUCUAUGCAUACAAUCUAAAUCAAACUGAACUUCCUAAUAUUAUACCACCUUCAUCGUUUAUGACGGAAGACGAAUUUUUCAAAACAUGGUGUUCUUGGAAAAAUGAAUUUUUAACAUUCAAAAGAAUUUUAAAUAAAGAAAAUUUUAAUAAGGAAAAAUGGGGAAAUCUGUUAUUAAAUUUAAUGGGUCCAAUUGGACAAAAUAUUCAUAGCACAUUUCAAUUUAAUUCUAUAAAUGAUAAAGAAAAUGUAGAUAUAUUACUUGAAAAAUUUGAUGAAUAUUACAUAUUUUCAGGAAGAAAAAAAUUACCUUUAGAAGAUAUAUAUGAAUACAUAAAGGACUUACAAUUUAUUAUCAAAGAAAAAAACAUUGACAAUGAAUAUGAAUUAAUAAAAAAGAAAAUUUUAACAGAAAUCAAUGAACAUCAAUUUAAUAAUGCUGCUAAACAUGUAAUUCCAACAUUUACAUUUUCUUCCGAUUUCAAUAAAUUAACAAUAAAGGAAAUUGCAUUUAUUUGGAAAUUAUACAUUGAUAGUAAUAGUUCAAAAAACUGCACACGUUGUGGAUCUAAUCAUGCUUCUAAUAAAUGUCCAUCAUUGGGAAAACAAUGUAUAAAAUGUAAUGAAUGGAAUCAUUUUCCAAAAAGAUGUCCAAAAAAUUUUAUUACCAAUUGUCAUUAUUGUGGAAGUGAUCAUAGAUAUAAAAAUUGUCCAGCUUAUAAUGAAAUUUGUACUAAAUGUCAGAGAUUACAUCACUUUAGCUGGAAAUGUAAAUCUAAAAAAAUUCUGCAAUGCAAUUAUUGUGGUUUAACUCAUAUUGCAUCUAGAUCGCAUUGUACAGCAAAAGAUAUCAUUUGCAAUAAUUGCAAAACAAUGGGUCAUGUUUCUUCAAAAUGCAAUAAAAAAUCAAAUAAUUAUAAUCAUAAGAACUAAAAAUAAUUUUAGUUUAAAUUUUAAUAUAAUAAAUGAAAUUUUUUUAUGUUAGAUGAUAUAAUCAAUAUUUGUUUAUUUUUUUUGUGUAUUUUUGUUAAAGAUAUUAGAAAUAUAUAUUUUAUAUCAUUACAUAUUAUACUUUACAUAUUAUAUUAUACAAUACAUUACAUAUUAAUGAUUUAUAAUAUGAUAUAUAUUAAUUUAACAUGUAAGAAAAUAUAUAUAUUUUUAUAUACAAAUAUAUUUCUAUAUAUCUCUAAAUAACUUUGUAAUAUUUUUCAUAAAAUAUUUUUUACUGUAAAUCUUUGAUUCUUCUUUUCUAUUUUAAACUAUUGUUAUUUUUACUUCUUAGUAGAGAUAAUAUUAAAAAAAUAAAUUAAAAUUAAUAUCUAAAAUUAAA